AGAAUCGCAGUAGAAGGAUGCUGUCAUGGUGAACUAGACAAGAUAUAUGCACAUAUAACAACUCAACCUUAUGAAAAAUGGCCAGAAUUAUUGAUAAUAUGUGGUGAUUUCCAAUCAAUACGAAAUGAACAAGAUCUUGAUUCAAUUGCAGUUCCUGAUAAGUUUAAAAGAAUCGGAGAUUUCAAAGAUUAUUAUGAAGGUUUGAAAAAAGCACCUAUAUUGACUAUAUUCAUAGGUGGGAAUCAUGAAGCUUCAGCUUAUUUACAAGAAUUACCAAAUGGUGGUUGGGUAGCUGAAAAUAUCUAUUAUAUGGGAUAUUCAAAUGUAAUAUGGUUUAAAGGUUUAAGAAUUGGUGGUAUUUCUGGUAUUUAUAAAUUCUUUGAUUUUUAUAAAAAUCAUUAUGAACAAGCUCCUUUUGAUGAUAAGUCUAAAAGAUCGGUUUAUCAUGUUAGAUUUGAAGAUUUUUUAAAAUUAAGUCUUGUACGAGACUUGAAUUUAAAUUGCAUUUUAAGUCAUGAUUGGCCUGAAGGUAUUGUGAAAUAUGGUAAUAUGAAAUAUUUAUUACAGAAAAAGCCUUUCUUCAAGAAGGAUAUUGAAAAUAAUUGUCUUGGUUCAGUUCCUGCUAAAUUGUUGUUACAAAGAUUGAUGCCUCAUUAUUGGUUUAGUGCUCAUUUACAUGUUAGAUUUCAAGCUUUUGUUAAACAUGCUCCAAUCAAAAGAAAAUUGAGAUUCUCUCAAACUAAUUUCUUAGCUUUAGAUAAAUGUCUCCCAAAACGUCAAUUCAUUGAAACUAUUGAAAUCCCAAUAACAAAUGAAGAUCACGAAUCCCAUGAUUCCAAAGAAUUGUAUUAUGAUUUAGAAUAUUUGAAAAUUACAAAA